AAACAGCUGUCAGAGUGUGCAAAGCUAAAAAAAACAAAGUGGGAGAAAAGAGGAAAUUUGUACAAUUUUCUAGCGUACGCAAAUAUAUAUUUUCUAAUGGCGCCGCCGCCCAAAGCAGUUGUGGACCAGGGCAGCGUCAGUGCCCGCAGCACCAGCAGCGCCAACAACAACAACAACAACGCGGUGGGCGGGGCAACCGGCGCCGUGCCCAAACAACAAACGCCUUUAAACGGAGCAGCCGCCGCCGGAGUAGCUGCAUCUGGAACUGCAACUGCAACCUCGGUGGCUAGUAGAUCGGCCCGAUCCCGCCGCCAGCAGGAGCACCUGGGCGAACCGGGCCUGGACUUUGUGGAGCCACUGCAGCGGGAGACGCUGAAAACUCUGAACGAUCUGCUACAGCGCGCCCGCAUCAUCAACGGAAAGAAUCGAUCACCGGCGGAGCAGCAGCUGUCCAUCAAGGAAACCAGGUCACCUGCCCAGCAGCAAAAGCAGCAGGAGACACUGCGUCAAUUGGCCGCCGAGCACAGCAGUUACGAUUCAGCAGAGCAACUGCAGGAGCAGCAGCAGCGCUACCGAUUCCCCGUGCGUCCCGUCCAGAGGGUUCAGCACCAGCCAUCGUCGUCAUCUGGUGGCAUAGCCGCCCCCUCAUCUUCAUCGGCUUUGCUGCGUCUGCGUCAAUCGACGCCCCCGAAUGCCACGGUAGGCGUUGUUAUUCCAAACGCGACUACCAGCAACGGAAACGGCCACUUAAGUGGCACCGAGGAGCAGUCCACCCCACUGACCGCCGCCGGACUUCAGACUCUUGUCCACAGGCUCUUUGGUGUACACCCUUUGGGCGCCAGAAUCGAAGCAGGCCGCUCCCAGGUCGAGGUGUUGCGCUCCCUGCUGGAAUUGGACGAGAACCUGAACAGCAGAGGACAACAGACGAGUGCAAACCUAGUGGAAAUCAGCAACAUGGUGCACGAAAUCAAUCCAAAUGCGGAGCAGGACGAGGGCAUCGUCAAUUCGACCAGCUUGGAGGAUGUUGCAUUAAGCGAGAUGAGCGACAACCGCGCCCAGUCCAUUCAAUCCCUGCACAGCGUCCUGGAGACUCCCACGCCCGAUACUGCACCCAGCUUCGAUGAGCUGCAACAGCGACUGGAGGCCUCCAAUAGGAACAUGCAGCAUCUGCAGGAUGAGCAGGCCAAGCUGUUACACAUCCAGAACCUGGCCAAGUCCCACCUUACCGAGAUGGAGCAGCUGCGCCAGCAUGCUGAUCGCUUGCCUCACAACAGCAAUGGAGGAGAGGCUCCCCAAUACGAGUCUGUGCAGCAGGUGCAGGACGAUAUGGCCUCUUUGGUGGGCCGCAUGAAGAAUCUCACCGCCUUCAUCCACAACCAGAACGAACUAAGCUCCGUUCUCGGUGAUGAUGGUCCCGAGAUCCUGGCCGAGCAGCAGGCACUGCAGGAGAAACUGGAAGCUCUGCGCACCCAGCGUGAGGACAUGCGCAGCCUGGUGGAUGAGCUAAACAGCAUUAACCGCACGGCCAGAGAGUCAGCCAGAGCCAUCAAGGAGGAGACUCCCACACCGCCGCCGAAGCCAGCUCCUGCCCCAGUGGCGGAGCGUGUGGUGCCGGUGGAAUACCAGAGAAAUGUGCCCAUCAUGCGCCAGGAGGCGGCCGAUGCUGCUCAGCGAGCACUCCAUGCCCAGGCAAAGAUAAACCAGAAGACGGCGGAUAUAGAGGCCCUCAAGGCUCAGAUGGCCAGACUGAAGGGCAUGCUGAACACGGUUAGUCAGAUCGAGGAGAGCACGCCCAGCAUGGGUGCCUCUUUGGAGGAGAUGAGCAGUGUAGAACGAGAGUUGCCUGCGGAAAUUGUUCAACGGGUGUUCGCCCUCAACGACGUCACCUCGGAACUGCGUGCCGAGGCAGCCAGCCUGCAGAAGGAGCGCGAUCGUAUCCUUGCCCUCAAGGCGGAGAUCGAGCGCCGCAAGCAGCAGGCGGCCGCCGCCGUUCAGAUGGGCGAGGAAGCUCUUAAAAGAAACAGCCUGACUCCGACACCCACGCCCAUAAGACAGCGUCAGGUGGCGGAGGAGGAGGAUCCAUCAGAGGUGGAUACUUCGCUUCAGGCCACGCCCACUAAGGAACAACUGCGCGAUGAGUUGCGCCUUCAAUGUGAGCGCUUGCGCAAGGAAUACGAGCAGAAGCAGCGGGAACUGGAGCAGCGCUACGUGGCCAGCAAUAACACCACAUCGGAGGCGGAUGACGAGGGAAACGACGACACCGACAGCGACAAGUACUUCGCCAACGUGCGAACCGCCUCCUCGGCAACGCUCAAACGGGCUGCGUCGGCCAGCACUGUGGUGGAGCAGCGGCGCAGUCAGCAGCCCAACCUGCCUCCACAAACAGCGCCUCUGCCGCCGGCUCCACCGUCCACCCUCAACGAAGACGAUCUGAACGUGACCCUUGACACCCUGUCCCUGGGCAACGACAGUCUGCCCUCGAGUAGCAACAGGUCGCAGUACAUGCCGCCUCCCAUGCCGCCAGUGCCGGGAAUUUGGGCAUCGCACAACGCUGGUAAUUCAUGGCACGGCCAGCAGCCGAUCUACGGCCAAGCCAGCUCCAGCACCGGAACCGAGUUCAAGCCCCCGCCAGCAGCCCCGCAGGUGGGCUCCUCGAACGCCUCCGGAUCGAAUGCCUCGACCGACGCCGUGCUGCUGCAGCAAUUCAUGCAGACGCAACAAAUGCUCAUCAACUCGGUGUGCCAGUGCAACCAGACACUGUGGCACCAGCAGCGGGAGAUCGACAACCUCAACAACCAACUGCAUACGCUCCAGGAUCGCUUUAAUGUGGUUGCUUGUCAGGAUCAUAGCUUCGGUCUGCGCUCGGAAUCAGUGCCGCCUCCGAAUCUCCCGGGCAUGGCCCAAAUGCCCAACAAUCUGUGUCUGGGCAACAGCCGAGCUCAGUCGGAGCAGCUAUUCAACUUCGGCGCCCACCAGAGCGCCUUCAGUAACUACCAGCGUAGCUGCCACCGUACUGGAAGCGACUCGCAUCAUCAUCAGCAGCAGCAACAUCAGCCGCAGCCGUUCCUCAAUAACGCCGCUCCGCCGCCACCACCGACCCAUUUUAACAAUGAGACGCCUCUGUCGCCGCCCACGUACCGCUCAAGUCCGGGUCCAAUUUUUAUGAACCACCAUAACAACACGAUCCAUCAGAACAACUCGAAUCUGCGAACACAGAACCAGCACGCCAACAACUUGCACUCGUUGCCCGAAGGCGCAGCUGGUGGCGGAGCACCCAGUGGCGGUAUCACCCUGAACAACCAGGUGCCACCCGGAAAUAGGGCCAACAACUACUGGGACAACUUCCGCAGCCACUCGCGCCAGAAUCUCCUGUCGAACAAAAGCAAUGAGGAGCUGAACGUGGACCUCCAGCAGUAUCGUCGUCAGCGGGCGCGUCCCAGCUACUUUCAGCCGCCACAGCUGCUGGCACCGCCCACGACCCGCGGCGGUUUGAGCCACCAGCCGCAGCAGCAGCGUCGCCACUUCUUCGAGUCGCCACUAACCGCUUUGCAUGGCAGCAGCAAUGGCAGUAAUAACCUCAACAACAGCGGCAGUGCGGGCAGAAAACGCGACUGGCGCGACGAUCCCGCGCACAAUCGCGACCACGACGAUGAGGACGUGGACGAGGUGGAGGAGAACCAUGAUAACAUCAUAUUCGGCUCUGGGCGACGUCGCAAUCGCCGCCGUCCCCAACUUUCCACACUGCGCGAUGAGGAGCCGGAGCAGGCGAGUUCCUCCAAUCUCAAUAUGAACGUAAAUUAUGGCAAUAGUCCGCUGUAUCAGCGGAACAAGGUACCAGCGAAGCCUACCACUUCCACGGUUUCGCUGACUCCACUUCAGCAGCGACACCUUCGCUUCGACUUCGAGCUUCCAGCUCACUAUAUGGACUACAUCGAGCUGCCCCAGAUAACACCAGUGGACACCACUCCCCUUCUUGGUCAGGAGGCCUCCCCCGCGGACGAAUCCAAUGCCAUGGAGCAGUCCGAGGAAACGGCCUCCGAGGAGCUGAAUCGCAAUCUGCUGGUCAAUGCGUUGAAGAACGACAAGUUCACCACAAAGUUCUACGAAUCCAUCAAGGAGGAUGUCUACCGCCGGCUGGAGACGCUCUUUGAGCAGCAGCAGCAGCAGCAACAGCAACAAAACCAGCAACUACAGCAGUCGCAGGAGCCGCAUGGUCUGCGAAAAGCUCUCAACCAGGAGGAGAAUGAGCCUUCUUCGGUCGACGCAGAGGCCACCGAGAGUCGCAGUGAGACGCCACUGGAAGUGAUGCGACUGCAGCUGGACAACGAUCGGCCUGAGGAUGAAAUAGGAUCGCCAGUGAAGAAACUGACUGUGGUCAUUCCCCAGAAUGGCCAUGUCCUGGAAGAGAUGGAGGCUAGCGCUUCAGCUAUUCCCUCGGCUGUAAGAUCGGAAAACGAGGAGCAAAUGCUCGAGGGAAAAGUAGAACAUGUCGCAGGAUCUGGAGCAGGAGCAGGGAUCAGCGUGGAACUGACCCCGGACCACGAACUAAUCGAAUACAUUAUCAAACGCAUUCGCAACCAAACGCACAACAACACGGUAAUCAAUGAUUCCUUAUUGGCAGAGGUUUCCAAGCUUACGGCCACCGCUGCCCAGAAUUCGGCCGCCAGUUCGCCGCUCAUCUCGCCCAAACGCAUUUACGCCAAGAUCAAGAAAAUGGAUAUGCCACGGCAACGUGAUGAGUUUUUGCUUUGGUACCGCUCCUACCUGGAGCAGCUGUUUGUGGUGGAGCAGCCGCAGGAGACCUGCAAGGCCAAGUUGAAGACGCCACCCAAUGCGGGAAGUCCGGCCAAGCAGACAAACAAGCGGGUGCGCGAGCAGUCCCAAUCACAGUCGCAGGACUCCAAUAACGACGCCGAUUUGGCUGAGGCGGACCAGAAGAAUGUCUCCUCUUCGGGAAAUGGAGACCUGGAAUGCGAGAACAACGAGAAUCCCGGCGAGGAGGCGGACGGCCAGGCUGCAGCAGAGUCUUCCGGUGGAGAAAAGCAGGAUAUAAGUCUCGAAUAGGCUAUAUAGGAUAGAACCCAAACAAGCACACAUUCCUAAUCUCACAAUACACCAUCAGUACGGAUAUUUCACAACUCAUUUACAGCUUUUGCAAGCGUUAAUUCUGUUUUGUCCGCGUCCUUCUUAGUUCCCAUUUCAUUUGGCAUAUAGUUUUUUAUUUAACAUUAAAUUAUGUAACAAUUAUAUAUAUAUACACUGAAGACAA